GGGCACAGUCACGGCGGUGCAAGGCUACACAGAGACGAUGCCUCCCUAGCCGGACCGCUGCCGGGGGGCCCAGACAGAGGGACCAGUUGCAGAGCCCCAGCUGCUUAGGCUGUUAAUGAUAGACUAUCUCAGCGUUGAGCAUGUGGCUGGAAUGCGGAACAGCUCAAGCCAAUUCUGCUGCAAGCCCCACCAGUCCCACCUCCCUGCAGAGCUGCUUGAGUGACAAUUUAGUGCAGACAACAGCCCAUGUAUGUCAGACAGAAACUCAGAGUGCCAUCCCUGCACACAGCAUGAUUGGAAAUCUGGCCUGUACCUUGGGAAGACAAACAGGUGCUGUGGCUCCUAGGAUCAUCCAGAUGAGAAGAUUCCUACAUGGAACUCAUUUCAGGGUUUCAUCUUCUGUGGAGGAAGCUCUGACUGAUGGGAGACCAAUCGUAGCCUUGGAGAGUACCAUCAUUACACAUGGCAUGCCCUAUCCCCAGAAUUUGAGCAUGGCCAGAGAGGUGGAAGAGAUUGUAAGGACAAAUGGGUCAGUACCUGCAACCGUGGGCAUUUUAAAUGGCAGGAUCCACAUCGGCCUCAAUGAUGAGGAACUUCAGUUUCUGGCAAAGAGCAAAAAUUUAGUUAAGGUAUCUCGGAGGGACCUGCCCUACGUUCUCAGCCAGGGUUUGUCUGGCGGUACCACUGUGUCAGGGACAAUGAUUGUGGCACACAAAGCAGGAAUCCCCGUGUUUGUGACAGGAGGGAUCGGAGGGGUCCAUCGCGAAGGAGAGAAGACUAUGGAUGUGAGUGCUGACCUGACCGAGCUAGGACGCACUGCAGUUGCUGUAGUUUCUGCAGGCGUUAAGUCUAUUCUGGACAUUGGUAGAACACUGGAAUAUCUGGAAACUCAGGGUGUCUGUGUGGCUGCCUUUGGAGACUCAAGGGAAUUCCCUGCCUUCUUCUCCCGCCAGAGUGGUUUCCAAGCACCGUGUCAGGUGCAGAAUGAGGAGGAGGCUGCCAAACUUAUUGCCAGUACAUUGGCACUGGGCCUGGGCAGUGGAGUUCUGAUUGCAGUGCCCUGCCCUAAGGAGGACGCUGCUUCAGGACAGAUCAUUGAAGAUGCCAUCCAAGAAGCUCUGAGCAACGCCCGAUCGAAAGGGAUCACAGGGAAAGAGCUGACUCCCUUUAUGCUACAGAAGGUGAAUGAACUGACUAGUGGAAAAUCGCUGGACUCCAACAUUGCUCUGAUCCAGAACAAUGCCAGAGUGGGCAGCCGCAUAGCUGUGGCCCUGAGCAAGAUCCAAACUGCCACAGGGAAGGGCAACCUGCUUCGGUGUGAGAAAGUAACUGCACUUAGGCCUGUGGUGAUUGGAGGCAUCAAUGUGGACUUCAUAGCCAAGGCGAGGAAUACCACCAUACAGGCUGGCGGACAGACAAACGCUGGGCAAGUGAGCCAAUCUUUCGGAGGUGUGGGGAGAAACCUGGCAGAUUGUUUAAGCCGUCUUGGGAAGACCCCUCUCUUUAUCUCAGCUCUGGGGAAGGAUGAACAUUCAGAGUCCAUCUUGCGUUACUGUCAUCACAUGGACAUGGCAGGAGUCCUUCAGCUUGCAGGGCACAGUACAGCUACCUACUGUGCAGUGAUUACAGGCAGCGGGGAGCUCAGCCUUGGCUUGGGAGACAUGGACAUCCACCAGCAGAUAACAGAGCAAUACGUGUCCAGGUUCAAGGAGAGUCUGUGCUUGGCCCCACUGGUAUGUAUUGAUGGGAACGUGCCAGUUGCCACCAUUCAGUACGUCUGUGAAAUUGCUACAGAGCACCAGAUACCCGUGUGCUAUGAGCCAACAGAUGAGAACAAGGCUUCUAAGCCAUUCCUUUCAGACAGCUGGAAAGCGCUGACCUACAUCUCCCCGAAUCUGCGAGAACUAAGGGCAAUAAAUCGGACCCUCGGGCACCCUGUGCCAGCAGAGCUGCCAUCCAGGCUGGAGGAUGUUGUUAGGACUGCGAUGACCCUAACCCACCCUUUGCUGACACAACUGCAUUGUGUGGUGGUGACACUCGGCAUGCAUGGAGUCCUCUUGUGCGGCAGAAGAGUGGAAGGGAGUGUCUCGCUGUGCCCUGGAACUCGCAAACAGAAUGCUGCAGGCGAGCUCUGUGCCACCCACUACCCAGCAAUCCCCAUCUCCAGGGAAGAGAUAGUGAAUGUCUCAGGAGCGGGUGACAGUUUAAUGGCAGGGAUAAUCGCUGGGCUACUUGCUGGGCAUGACACAGAUACCUGCGUCCGGAUGGGCCUGCUCGCUGCCUGCCUCUCCCUCCGUUCAUACGAGCCCAUCUCCCAGGAGAUCAGUUCUGUCAGCGUGAACCUGGAACAGGUCAGGGCUAGGAGCUGGCCAGAGGUGAAGAUGUGGAAGAUGAAUUAGAGCUUGUGCUCUAGAGCUCUAGCAGAUGUUACCUCGCCAUUCCAACCACACCUGAAGCGCAACAUGACUUCAUAUUUCUACCCCCCACUGUCAGUCCCCCAAUGCAACACAGCCAAUAUCUGGUACUGCAUCUCCCAGAAAGCAAAAAAUCAGGGUGCUUAAACAGCUUGGGUUGCACCUUCCUGAAAAAGCUUGUAUUUCUUCCUCCCAUAUUUGUAGCGUAGUCAGCUGUUCCUCCAGCCCAGAGAGUUGAACCAAACUCCUUUGAACCGCCCUGCUCAGCCACCACUUCGGCAAAACAAUGGAUAGCUCAGACAAUAUGCUUAUUAUAUAUGCGCUGGCCAAACAGCAGCCCACUGGCACACAGUUCUAGACCAUGGCCCCAUGAUCAAAGUAGAGCAUUGUACGCUGGGACUUAAAUAUCUAGAAACUUCUAUAGCCCCUCUGCAAUGUCCAAGUGCUUCCAAAACACAUAUGAACAUAACCUCACAUCUCCUCACUGAGGUGGGAAAGCACCGUUCUUGUAUUACAAAUGGGGGAUGGAGGCACAGAGAUUAAGUGACUUCCCCAAGGCCUCAGUGAGUCUAUAGCACAGCUGGGAACGGAACCAAGAUUUACCAGUUCCCAGCCCAGUGCUUAACCACAAGACCAUCCUUCUACCUAUGGCUUUUCUGGCAUCCAACUUUUUAUUACUGAGGGCAGUAACAAUUUGCACCAUUAAUACAAAUUAGAUACAGUCCUUCAGCUUCUGGCAAGUUGCUAAUCCUCUGACCACUGAGAGAACAAACCUAUGAGAAGUAGCUUUAUUCCAUCUGGCACUGGGGAGCUCUUAGGGUCACAUCUCCCCCCCUUAUAAAGCUGCAGGAGGGUUAGCCACUGGCUCACCUGGAGGCAACAAGUCAGACCCCCUUUCCUGGAUGAGACUUCUGCCACCAUAUUCUGUUCCCUUCAUUUGGAAAAAAGUUCUGUUUUGUCUCCUUUGUCUGUUCAGUCUCCAAGACAUAGUAUCAGACAGAGGCUCUAUAAUCUCACUUAGAGUGCUGUUACAAACAUUUCACAGUGACAUUAAUGACCAGUGUGUUAGUAGAUUUCCAACAGUAUAUUACAUGUCACCUUUUAUAUAAAUAUAACUGGUGUGAGAGGUGUAUGAGGUUGUCAGGCCUGACAAGAGUCACCGAGACACAGUAGUGAACUACCGCUGGGCCGCUGUGUCACAGGAGCCUAAAUACCUCAGAGGACCUGGGGCUAGAUAUCACCUCAAACCAUUUUCAGGUCACAAGUGACAAUGAAGGUGAUGAUUUUAAGACCAAAUCCUAGCUCACCUCACAAGAGCCACUAUGCAAGUCCAUGUGUUUUCAGUUCCAAAUGCUCAGAAGACAUCCAUGGGGUUUUACAAGUUAGAUGGAAGUAUAUGGUUAGUGAAACAUCCUGUUAUGUGUCAGCCUGAACUUGCUGGCAGUGCUUAAAGUAGUCUUAAAAAAGUGGGAGGUUUCACGUAAGCUGGGAGCAGCAGCUGUGGUAAGACAGUGCUUAAAGUGUGUGUGUGUGUGUGUGUGUGUGUGUAUGUGAUCCAGCUCAAUUUUUCCCUCACUGGGUCUCUAAUUUCCAACCUUACAACUUUAAGCACUGCUCCUUGGGGUUAUUCAAUUUUCAGCUUCAGAGUUAAGUGGACUGGUGGUUGUCUGUGCAAUUAAACCUCCUGCACUGGUGCCCUUAUUGAUAGAGAGCCAUUGUGGGGUGUAUGUGUGUAGCAUUAGCCCUCCAGUAUUACAGUGGCCCAACCUUCCUCCUCUUCAAAAUCAGCGGGUGGUGUUAGCAAUUCAUUGGCUAAAUUCAGCAGCAAGGCCAGCUAAGGUAGAGGAAUAACUUUUUUCUCACCUCUGAGCACUGGAAGUUGCGCUUUGCACCACAGGAAAAAAAGCAGGAAUCUUCUCUGCCUGUUAUACAGUCUCUGGGGUAUUAAUUUUUCACUAAGACUAUGUCUACACUAUGAGCUGGGGGUGUGAUUCCCUACUUGUGUACACAUACUUGCACGAGCUCCCAUCGAGCUAACAUCUUUCCCCACCACCUUUGUGUACUCAGGGGGCAACCUCAGCCUAACCAGAGUGGGCGGACCAAGGGUCUUUCCAUUGGAACCAGUGAAAGAAACAGGCACUCCCAAUAUCCCAGUGGUGAAAGUGCAUAAUUAGUCAUCUAAGGUAUUUAAAAAUGUAUGGUUGUAAAAGAUGCCUUUGAGACCAAAUUAGCCCCUUCCUCUCAUGCACCUCCCUGCACCUGAUGUGCACAGUUUGCCUGCAGAUAUAUUUAUUUAUCUCAAAUCUGCCUGCAAAUAAUUUAGCCAAAAUAUUCCAUGAUCACAACUGGGAAAGAGUACACUAGACGUGCACAGAUACCUUUGGAAAGAGGGCAGGGGGUGUUGCUAGUGGGAGGGCUGUGAGAGAGUUUGG